GAGGCAGCAGAAGCAGAGAUUGCUAGCGGAGGAGGGAGAGGUGGGAGAUUGUCAGAGGUUGGUAGACGGAGAGAGAUGCGGUGCCACAGCGAGUGUGUCUGCCAGGACGUCUGCGGCGCAGUUUCUCUCCUCCUCCUCCUCCUCCUCCUCCUCUCACCGGGGACCGCGAUGCGUUGUGGCACCACGAUGCCCAGAUUCACUGCAGGAGCAGGGAGCGCAGGUAGACAUUCACCUUGAGCCCAAACUCUGCCACUCUGGACCUUCUUCUGUGGGAUUACAAGACGAUAGAGAUACUUCCACUGGAUGAGAUCUGACAACCCUGCCAAACCUCCAGCAUCUCCAACUUUGUUGACUCCUACCAGAACCCCUGACACCCACCAGACUUCUGACGGGGACCUGAAUUGAAACAGGUUCUUGGUGUGGCAGAAACUCGGCCAGUUUGGCUCCGAGACCUGACAAACCCUUUACAGAUCCCAGAUUGUGGCAUCCACGGCUUAUACACUGGAGCCCCGCAAAGCCACCACCAAGCAGGUCCUGCAGCCCCGGAGCCCUGGGGCCAGCCUGACCUUGGACCGGCUGUCGCCAGAACCCCAACCUGUCUUGGCACCGGCGCCGGCAGAGACGCCGGGCAUGUCUCAGACCGGGCGGCGAUUCCACAACAAGAAGGCCGGCAUACGGGCCGCCGUCAUCCUGAUCGGACUCCUGCACAAGUCCCGCAAGGCCAAGGAGAGGGAGCGGGAGAGGGAGAGGGAGAAGGAGGAGAGUGAAGGGAAACAGGAGCAGCUGAACAUCACCAACAUCCCUCUGGGAGAAUGUCCCCCCUCACCGCCCCGCACCGCCCCGCCCAGCAUGAAGUCGGCGGAGUUCUUCGACAUGCUGGAGAGAAUGCAGAUCCCUAAAGCUGAAGAGCCCAAAAAAUGGAAGGAUGACUAUAUCCCCUACCCACGGAUAGAAGACGUCCUGGGGAAGGGUGGCCCGUUCCCCCAGGUAAUCCUGCCGCAGUUCGGGGGCUACUGGAUCGAGGAUGUGGAGGCGCCGGCGGGAACCCCCUCCUCCUCGGAGUCCAGUUUCUGCGAGGAGGAGGACAGAGAAGACGGCCUGAGCCCCGGCGGGGGGCACACUUUCCGCCUGGAGUGUAACAGCACAGCCCGAGCCUACCGCAAGCACUUCUUAGGCAAGGAACACAUGAACUACUACUGCACGGGCAGCAGCAUAGGCAACCUCAUCAUGUCUCUGAAACACGAGGAGGCCGAGGGACAGGAGUUCCUACGCAUCAUGCUCAGGUCGAGGAUCAAAACGGUCCAUGACAGGAUCUCUCUAGCGGGCAUCAACCAGCUGCCCAGCGUGCCUCAGAUCGCCAAGCUUCUGUGCGACGAUGCCACGGGGCUGAAGUUCAACCCGGUCCUGUAUCCUCGGGGCUCCCAGUUGGUCGUGGCCUUUGACGAACACGAGGUGAACAACACCUUCAAGUUCGGAGUCGCCUACCAGAAGUUUGGGCAGACGUCCGAGGAAGAGUUGUUCGGGAACAACGAGGAGACGCCGGCGUUCAAGGAGUUUCUCGGCAUCCUGGGCGACAACAUUGACCUUCAGGACUUCAAAGGGUUCCGCGGCGGGCUGGACGUGUCCCACGGACAGACGGGGUCCGAGUCCGUCUACACCGUCUUCAGACAGAGGGAGAUCAUGUUCCACGUGUCCACCAAGCUCCCGUUCACCGACGGAGACGUCCAGCAGCUCCAGAGGAAAAGGCACAUAGGGAACGACAUCGUGGCGGCGGUUUUCCAGGAGGAGGCCACUCCGUUUGUUCCCGACAUGAUCGCGUCCAACUUCCUUCACGCGUAUGUGCUGGUGCAGGCCGAGAACCCGUGCACAGAGCACGCCACGUACAAGGUGUCUGUAACAGCGAGGGAGGAUGUUCCUCCCUUUGGACCCCCUCUCCCCAACCCGGCGGUCUUCAAGAAGGGCCCCGAGUUCCGAGACUUCCUGCUGACAAAGUUGAUCAAUGCCGAAAACGCCUGCUACAAAUCCGACAAAUUCGCCAAACUAGAGGGGCGAACGCGAGCCGCGCUGCUGGACAACCUCCACGACGAGCUGCACAGACAGAGCCAGGCCACGCUGGGCCUGGGCCAGGCGGGGGACGAGGACAAGCUGGAGAACGGGGGACACGGGGGCCUGCUGGAGUCCUUCAAGAGAGCCAUGCGUGUCAGGAGCCACUCCAUGGAGACCAUGGUGGGCUCGCACCGUCACCGGAGCCCCGGGGUCGGGGGCGGGGUCCCGGCCAGCCUGAGUGGCGGGGGGCUGCCGCAGAGCACCAGCGAAUGCACAAAGAGCACUUUCAGCCCUCCCGUGUUGCCGGGCAAGUCUCCUCUGAAGAGCCCGGUGAAGCGGCGCUCGGGCCUCUUCCCUCGUCUCCACUCCAGCACAGAGACGCCCUCGGACAAGCACACCGCGCGCAGCGACCAGAAGCCUGCAGAGAUCUGCCCGCUGUCCCAAGACGUGAGGUCAGAGACGUCGUCCAAUCCCAGCUCCCCUGAGAUCUGCCCCAACAAAGAGAGGCCGUUCAUCAAGCUGAAGGACUGCAGCGGCGGCGGCGGCGGCAGGCCCAACAUUUCCCGUUCUUCGUCCAGCACCAGCAGCUUCAGCAGCGCCACGGGGGAAACAGAGGCUCUGGAGGAACUGGACUCGGUGAGCCACCCCUCCACAGCCUCCUCCUCUGCCUUCAGCCCCUCCCUCAGUGUCGACAGCCAGGGGUCAGGCACCCCUGUCAUCAUGUGCCGCAGUCCCACAGAUGGGAAAAAUAAGACGUCACCGAGGUCAAACUUGAAGUUCCGCUUUGACAAAAUGAGCCACUCGUCCACGGCUUCCGAGUAGCUUCACGGAACGGAACAAGGGGAAAACAACAACCCAGAAUUGCACAACAAAAAGGGACAACACGGGCUGAUGGCGCUGCAGAAAUAGUCUUUCACGAAAUAUAUACAGUAUAUAUAAGAAAUAACCACAACAACCACAUAACCACUGUAGAACCACUUCCUUCUAUGCCAAGGAUAAAUCUGACGAUAUUGCCGGACUGCAGCGACACUGUGAGUGUCCAGCGAGCGAGGAGAAAACGUCCGAGUUCUUUUUGAAACCGAAUCUAAUUGUUACGAGUCGCUGCGUCGCUCAGUUGCUACUGUAAUUGUUCACAUCCUAUCAAAGUCCUGGCACGGCUGUAAUACUGUGAGCGCUGGCUGACGCUUCGCCGUGCCUCAGCUUCUUCUCGAGCAUCUCCUCUCAUAUAGGGAGAUACAGAUACAGCGGUCCACACAAACACACACAUACACAUACACACACAUACACACACACAUACACAAACACACACAUACACACACAUACACACACACAUACACAAACACAAACACAUGCACAUACACACGCACACACACAU